GAGGGGUGUCGGAGGGGUACGCCAGUGGGUCAACUGACUGUAAAGGUUUCGUGAAUAAAGCUGCGUGCGAGAGAAUACAUCAGCGUGAUUUUGUUGACAUCUGGGCUAUUUUUAAUCCGAUCUGGCCUCUGUUGCUGCGAUGCUCGAGCCACCUGGCUAAGGUCGCAGGUGAUGCCCAUGCUUGCCAGUCUGGCUGGGCAAGUUCAGCCUUGAUUGGCCAUGCUCACCUUCUCAGCAGCAGGCCAGCUGGAGUAUGUGGUCAUGGUGGCUGUGCUAAUGGUCAUACUAAUGAUAGCCACCUGUGUCUGCUGGAAACAGAAGCAUCCAAGUGCUGAAAAUUUAGGGUUGCCUGGCAGAAUUAAGGUCACUAGCCAUGAUGGGACUACUUCAAAUGGCACAGGCACCCAGUCUAAAAGCAGCAACAACAUGCGCUUGUCGGCGUUGCACCGCGAGCUGCCGCAAAUCCCGACGUCUGCCGAGGCGGCGGCGGCGGCAGCGGCGCGGCGAAGCAGCGGCGCCCCCUCCGAGCACGCCUCCGAGCUGUACGCCGUGGUGUCUGACCCGGAGGCGCGGCCGGCACCGCCGCCUGCCGCCAUUGGCGCCGCCGCCCUCCAAGAGGGGGAACGCGCCACUGCCGCCGCCGACGAGAAGGACGAGGAGGCAGACACUUACUACGAGCAGCCGGACUUGGCCAGGUCGCGGUCGGAGCGACACGGCGGCCCGCCCCCGCCCUCGACGGACGCGGGCCACAGCCGGAACCCGAGCGCGGGCAGCGGCGACAUCCCGCGCGGCUGGCGGUGAGCGGCGGCGUGCCGGCCUCGCAGGAGCUCCCCUACAUGACGCCGCCCGUCCACCGGCUGUCGGCCGAGGCGGCGCCGGCGCAACACUUCAGCGGCGACAGCGUCCAGUCGGCCGACUCACGUGGCUACACGCGCAUCACUGUGCGGGAGCCAGCGGCCGAGCUGGCGCUGCGGCCCAGCCCGGAGCGCGCGCCGCGGCCUCUUUCGGGCGCCGCGCCGCCCGCCGACAACUUCUACGCCACCGUCGACGGCUCCGACGAUGAGAUGUACGAGGCGAUCCCAGAGCGGCGGCGGCGGACGGAGCUGCCCCCGGCGACCGCCGAGCCGGCCGCCGCCACCGCCGCCGAGGAGGCGGUCGAUC